GUCCCUGGAGGCUGGUGGACGUGCCCAACCACUCUCUCUCUCUCUCUCUGUGACAAAACCAAAUCGAGUUUCUAAUCAUAUUAAUUACAAUAAAACCGUCAAAAUCAGUUUCGUUUAUAGUGAAUUAAUAUAAUAUUUGCUGUUUGUGGUUAGAAAGGUGUUUUAAUUCCUUUUUAGGUUUUUAUUAAAGAAAUAAUGGACAAUCGUGUGCGUUCUACUAAAGUGGCCGUGGUGGGAGCUGGUUUGGUUGGGAGUCUGGAAGCUUGUUUUUUGGCUCGUAGAGGAUAUGAAGUACACCUGUUCGAAUACCGUGAUGACAUUCGCUUGCUGGAACACGUACCAGGGCGGAGCAUUAACUUAGCAAUGAGCAUCCGCGGACGGGCUGGACUCAAGACAAUGGGUUUAGAAGACAAAAUCAUCAAGAAUCAUGGUAUUCCAAUGGUAGCCAGGAUGAUCCACAAUAAAGAUAACACCAUUAAAUCCAUACAGUACAAUAAGGAUGGCAAGUGCAUUUACUCAGUUGGUCGACGGUACCUGAAUGAAGAACUACUGACAAAGGCUGAGGAAUUUCCCAAUGUUCAUGUCCAUUUUUGUCAUAAACUCCUGACGGCUGAUCUCACUAAGGGCACCAUGAUCUUCCUUAAUACCAAAACAAAGGAAGAACUCCAUGUUGAAGCUGACCUCCUAAUUGGCUGUGACGGAGCCUACUCAUCCAUGCGAAAAGAAAUGAUGAAACGACCUCACUUUAAUUACUCACAGCAAUAUAUACCUCACGGAUAUAUGGAACUAUGUAUUCCUGCCACUCCUGAUAAUGAGUUUGCAAUGCCUCCUAACUAUCUGCAUAUCUGGCCUCGAGGGAAAUACAUGAUGAUAGCUUUACCUAACCAAGACAAAUCCUGGACUGUUACUUUGUUUAUGCCGUUUGAGAUCUUCGAUGAGCUGACCACACCUGAAAUAUUAUUGGAUUUCUUUAAG